CGGCAACCCAACCUGUUCCUCACCUGGCCUGGGUGUGGUCUGCCCUCGGGACGGUGGAAGCAGGGAAAACAGGCGCUCCACCUUUUUUCCGGGUUGCCUGCUUACCCCACCGGUUGCCUCUGCCUUCGUGCCGGCGUCCGGAGACCAGAGUCCAAGAUGAAGCUCACGACCACAGAGAUCCUGCUGCUCAUGUUGACUGGCUUCCCUCUCUUGGAGGCAAACGAUCCUACAGAUAAAAGUAGUCCCUUCUAUUAUGACUACCAUGCCCUUCGGGUCGGAGGCAUGAUCUUUGCUGGCGUCCUCUGUUUUAUCGGAAUAGCUAUCCUGAUCAGUGGAAAAUGCAAAUGCAAAAAGAAAAGAAGUGUCCAGGCCCUGGUUCCUGUAAAGAGUAGCGCUGCAGGUGGCAGCACUGAGUGCUGAGUCCAGAAAAUGGCCGCUUCCGCUAAGAAUCUAAUUUUACCUAUUGCCCCUCUCCACCAAAUGGCUUUUACCUACUGGCGGUGACAGGCUGGUCCUUUUGCUAUUGUUCUGGGCUCUCACAUCCAUGCCCAAUUUUUAUAUAAACACGUAUGUAAUAAAAGCUGCCGCUUUUC